UGUAGUCUUGCUGCCUGUUUGUGUCUCUGUCUCAAUUUUUAUUCAGUAAAAUGGCUGAAGCCCGAAUUUUUCAGGAUGAGUUCAAUUGUCCGGUCUGUUUGGAUUUACUGAGAGAUCCAGUGACCAUUCCGUGUGGACACAGUUACUGUAAGAGCUGUAUUACUGGCUGCUGGAAUCAGGAGGAUCAGAGGGGAGUCUACAGCUGCCCUCAGUGCAGACAGACACACAGUCCAAGACCUACUUUAGGUAAAAACACCAUUCUGGCUGAAAUGGUAGAGAAACUGAAGAAGAUUAAACUUCCUGCUGACUGUUAUGCUGGCCCUGGAGAUGUGCAGUGUGAUGUCUGUACUGGAAGAAAAUACAAAGCUGUGAAGUCCUGUAUGGCUUGUCUGAACUCUUACUGUCAAAGUCAUCUUGAACAACAUGAGGAUUUAUUUAAAGGAAAGAAACACAAUUUGAUGGAUGCAACCGCACAACUGCAGGAGAUGGUCUGCCGUAAACAUGAUAAGAUCAAGGAGGUAUUUUGCCUUACAGAUAAUAAGUGUAUUUGUGUGCUGUGCACAAUGGAUGAACAUAAAAACCACAACACUGUAUCAGCAGCAGCUCAGCGGGCAGAAAAACAGAAACACUUAAAAGGCUUGAAAAGAAAGUUUCAGCAAAGAAUCAAGCAGGGAGAAAAAGAUCUUCAGAAGCUAAGGGAUGCUGUGAAGUCUUAUAAGUGCUCUGCACAGGCAGCAGUGAACUACAGUGAGAAGAUCUUUAAUGAGCUGAUAAGUUCCAUUAUGAGAAGGCGCUCUGAGGUCACGCUGCUAAUCAGAGGUCAGGAAAAGGCUGCAGUGGAUCAUGCUGAAAGACUUAUUUUUCAAGUGAACGAGGAGACGAAGACUCUGAAGGAAAGUGACGCUGAGCUGGAGAAGCUUUCGCACAUACAAAAUCACAUUCAUUUUCUUCAGAAAUUCCUGUCUCAUCAGCACCUCUUGAAAUUGACAUACUCUACACUCCCUUAAAUUCUGUCUUAAAUGGCAUAAGAGAAUCUGUCUGUCAGCUGAGAGAUAAAAUGGAGAAUUUCUCCAAAGAGGUGAUCACAAAGAUAACUA